AGGACCAGUGAGCGAGCAGAUGUCUCCGAUAGGAGCAGGAGAGGGGCGGGACCGGCGAGCCCAGACACGGUCCUGAUAGGAGGAGAAGAAGGAGGGUUGGGGGCGGAACAGGGCGGGGCUGGAGCUGGAGCCGAAGCCGGAAAAGAAGCCGGGAAGAGGGGCAGGGCCAAGACCAGGAAGUGACAGGAAGUGGGGCGGGGCCUGGGAGGAGACUGCGAAAGAAGAAGGAAAGGGACCGCGAGGUGGCGCUUGGCGCACAGCUCUGGACUUCGUGCUGGCGAGAUGAGGCUUUGAAUCCUACCUUAGACGCUUCCAAGAUGCUAUUGGGCCCAGGCAAAUCUCAAGUUCUGCCUGCCUUCUUCCCCCAUCUGUAAAAUGGGGAUGUCAGUUUUCUAUCCACUUCAGAGCGCUACGGAAAUGCUAGCUGGGAUGGGGAUGAAGAUCAUCUCGGGGAGGUCAAGGGGAAGGUCCGAAGGCCAAGGGGUGGGGUCUGAAGAAGAGGGACCUAAAGUGGGAUAGGUGGGCCUGGAAGGAAAGAGGCCCAGUGGGGAGUCUGGGGUGCUCCCCCACAUGCUAUCAUCCCCAUUCAUCUAUAAGGAAACAGACUCAGACAGGCGACACCAGCAUCUCUGAGCUGGAAGAGAUCCCUGACUGAGUCAACAGGAAUCAAGGGGGUGUCCGGCCUCUGCAGCUCUCUAGGGCCACCUCAACUUGGCCCUUUACAGCAUUUCCCCAGAACAGGCCCUCCUCCCUGGGACUCACCCUUCCAACAGUCUCUCCUCCAUGCUGACUGCCCUCCUCUGGCUCUCCAGAGCACUGGAUGGUGGGACCCUCCCUGUGGAGGUCUGGAGCCAGGCUUGGCUGGACCAGCCCCCAUUGAGAAAGCCAGGUGCCAGGUACUGGAGAUCUCAUUCAGGCCACCCUGGCUUUGACAGCCAAUGUCAUGGGAGUACAGGAUUCAGACCUGGAUCUCAUGUACACAGGGAGAAACUGAGUCCUCCAGUGUUGAGGCUUUCCUCAAGAUCCCCUCCCCCCAGUUAAAGUCUGGAGCUUCUGACUUCAAACUAGUCUUCUGUAGACCCCUACCCAGUGAGGAGGGAAGAUGAAUCUGCCUCUCCUGCAUAAGUGAUACAGAAACAUCUUGAAUAAGCCAGCACAGGGUGGCAGGGGAGGGCAGCUCUUUGGAUAUCAGGGGAAUAGCAAGUAGGGAGAGCCCAGCAAUCCCUGUGGGGUAGAAAGCAAGGGUAGGCAAGAGCUGAGCCCUGUCAGGAGUGUAGGAGGCUGUGCUGGAGCAGAAUAGGGUCCCCCACCCCCACUGCAGGGGCCACCCAGCUUCAUCUGGGGCUAAGGAGGAAAUGAUUCUGGGGAGGAAGUGAGAGAGCCAGAGAGGAGAGGUGAGGGGCUGAGCAAAGGAGCAGCAAACUAUCUGAGGAAGGGGGCAGGCUGGCCAUGGCUGCCGCCCUAGGGGAGGACCUAGCCGUGGCCCCUGACAUCCAGGACGACUCUAGCUCCCUUGGUUCAGACUCGGAGCUCAAUGGUCCAGGGCCCUUCCGAAGGGCCGAUCGCUACGGCUUUAUUGGAGGCAGUGCCAACUCCUCAGAAGCAGGCCCAGGGCAGCCCCCGUUGGAACUCAUCCGGCAGCGAGAAAUGAAGUGGGUGGAGAUGACGUCUCACUGGGAGAAGACCAUGUCCAGGAGGGCCAAGAAGGUAAAGAUUCAGUGCCGCAAAGGGAUCCCAUCUGCCCUUCGUGCCCGCUGCUGGCCCCUGCUGUGUGGGGCCCAAGCCCGGCAGCAGCAAAACCCCAGCACCUACCAGGAACUGCUCUCAGCCCCUGGGGACCCUCAGUGGCUGGAGGCCAUCAGGAGAGACCUGCAUCGGCAGUUCCCCCUUCAUGAAAUGUUCCUGUCGCCCCAGGGUCAUGGGCAGCAGGGCCUCCUGAACGUGCUCAAGGCCUAUACCCUGUACCGGCCUGAACAGGGCUACUGCCAGGCCCAGGGGCCUGUGGCCGCUGUCCUGCUCAUGCAGAUGCCUCCUGAGGAGGCUUUCUGGUGUCUGGUGCAGAUCUGCGAGUUCUACCUGCCCGGCUACUACGGGCCCCACAUGGAGGCCAUCCGGCUGGAUGCGGAGGUGUUCUCGGCCCUGCUGGGCAGGCUGUGUCCUCGGAUCCACAAGCACCUCCACCAGCAGGGCGUGGGGCCCCUCCUCUACCUGCCCGAGUGGUUCCUGUGCCUCUUUGCCCGCUCCCUGCCCUUCGCCACCGUCCUGCGCAUCUGGGACGCCUUCUUCAGCGAGGGAGUGAAGGUCUUGUUCCGGGUGGGCCUGACCUUAGUCCGCCUUGCCUUGGGCACCGCUGAGCAGCGCAGGGCCUGCCCGGGGCUGCUGGAGACACUCGAGAUGCUGCGUUCCAUCCCGCCAGCCCAGCUGCAGGAAGACCCGUUCAUGGCCCAGGUUCACGCGGUGGCCGUCUCGGAGCGAGACCUGCGACGAGAGAGCCUCACCCAGCUCGCCAAGCUCCAGAAAACUGACCCAGAGCUGCAACUGAGGCCCAAAGACCGCCUGCCCGGGGCGCCCGCCAUCUUCGAGGCCCAGCAGCUGGCCGCAGCCUCGAAGGCGCCAGGCCGGGAGGUGCCCCGGAUUGUGGUGCAGCCCCCUGAGGAGGUGCGUCCUCGAAGGAAGCCGCAGACGAGGGGCAAGACCUUCCACGGGAUGCUGACUCGGCACCGGGGCCUGCAGGCCGAGGGACCGUCCAGGACCCACCGGGCCUCCUCCUCCUUCCUGGACACCCGGUUCUGAGAGACCUGCCUGGGGCAGCCCCAGGGGAGGAGUGUGGAACUGUGGGCUGCGACUCCGGCCUCUCCUGUGUCCUUCUUGGACCUCAGUGGGCCUGGUGCCCUCCCAGGUCUCUUUCAUCGCUCUCUCCAGGAUGUAAUGAGUGACAUGGGGAGGAUUUGAGCCUGAACUCCCCUGUGGUGGUGCUGGGGGUCUCCCUGCUUCUCUGCCCCCACCUGCCACAUUUCUCUGACCCUCAUGACCCCCCCGGCCGCCCCCCACUCACCCCAGGAAUCCAUCAGCCAGCAUGUUCUGCUGGCUCCCACUUGUAUUUUCAGCCCUGAGCACCUCGUGGGACCUGGCCCAGAGUCGGGCUCUCAGGCAGGUGAUUCAGCUGUUAAAAGUGGCCUGAGCUAGACCAAAUCCUGGGGGACACAAUGAAAUUCUGGGGUCCCACCCUGCGGUCUCCACAGCCAGCCAGCCAGAGUCACAGAGAGAGGCGGGCCUGGUCCUGCCUCCACCAGAAGAGGGGCUGACCAGGUCAGCCCCCAAACAGGCCAGCGGAAGUGGGGCUUCGGGGGGCCAGGGGGCCCCCACAGGGGCUUAAUAAAGGCGGGUCCGUCCCAUCUCCUGAA